AUGAACUUGUCAACCGCCAACGUGACCGUGGUCAUCGAGUACAGAGACUCCUUCACCAAAGCUGUGGCCAAGAAUGUGAUUGUUGUGGUUCUCGGCAUCUCCAUCAACUACAUCAAUGCAGGUCUCAUUCACACCUUCUGCAAACACCAGAUCUUCUACAUGAAUCCUCGCUACAUCCUUUUCAUUCACCUGGUCGUUAAUGACAUGAUCCAAAUGACGCUGACCGUCACCCUGUUUGUUAUCAGCUACACCAUCUACAAAUUCAGCGUCUCCAUCUGCUGCACCUUCAUCCUGAUUGCUCUGUUUACCACUGAAAACACCCCUCUGAACCUGGCCUGCAUGGCGGUCGAGUGCUACGUCGCCAUCAGGCUCCCUCUUCGCCACAUGCAGAUCUGCACCGUCAGGAGGACUUUGAUGCUGAUUGGUUUAAUCUGGGCGACCAGCAUGAUGUCAGUUCUUCCUGAUCUUUUCAUCACCUUGGCCACAGAGCCAGUGGACUUCUUCCACUCCAGGGUGUUCUGCCUCAGGGAAACCGCCUUUCGAAAUCCCCACAUCAUCAAGAAAAGGGACACCACUUAUAUUAUUUAUCUAGUCAUAGUUUGGCUCAUCAUCUUUUACACCUACUUCAGAAUAAUGUUCACUGCUAAAACAGCUAGCAAAGAUGCUAAGAAAGCCAGAAACACAAUUCUCCUCCACGGAUUUCAGGUCCUGCUGUGUAUGGCCACGUACGUAGAGGCACUGUUAAAACAGGCUCUCCGGCAAUGGUUUCCUAAGAAUUACACUGACUGCCUCUUUGCUACUUAUAUCAUAGUCCAGAUUCUGCCCCGGUCCAUCAGUCCAAUCAUCUACGGCGUACGAGACAAAACGUUCAGGAGGUAUCUGAAGAGGUAUCUGUUGUGUAAAGUUAGUACAACCUAA